AGCAAUAUGUUGGACGUUUAGCUUCGUAUUUGAGGCUCAAUAUUGCCUUUAGUUUUCAGGAAACUAUCAAAGAUCAACGCCUUUUUUCUGUAAUAUAAUAAUAGGAUCGAAAAGAUGCCUCCUGUUACGCUCGAAAGUGGCGAAAAGAAGGAUGAAGUUGAAGUUUCCAAGCCAACAAUUGGGAUUAUUUAUCCUCCACCUGAGGUCAGAAAUAUUGUGGACAAGACAGCCAGUUUUGUUUCUAGAAAUGGUCCAGAGUUUGAAUCCAGAAUUCGACAGAAUGAAAUAAACAACCCUAAGUUUAAUUUUCUAAAUGCUGGUGAUCCAUACAAUGCAUAUUUCCAGCACAAAGUUAAGGACUUCAAAGAACAGCUUGGCAAAGGUGCUGAACCAUCAAUUGCUUUAUAUCCAAUGCCUACUAAGCCAAAACCACUGAUGCAGCAACAAAUCACCUUACCGGAACCUGUUAUACCCAAGGAACCACCACCAGAAUAUGAGUUUAUUGCUGAUCCUCCAAGUAUUUCAGGACUAGAUCUUGAUAUUGUGAAACUAACAGCACAGUUUGUGGCAAGAAAUGGACGACAGUUUUUGACCAAUCUUAUGUCCAGAGAGCAGAGAAAUUAUCAGUUUGAUUUCCUGAGACCUCAACACAGCCUUUUCAACUACUUCACCAAACUUGUUGAGCAGUAUACUAAGGUGCUAAUUCCUCCAGCUAACAUCAAGGAAAAACUAAGGAAAGAUGUGGAAGAUCCUCACAAGAUUCUUCAUCGUGUAAAGUACAGAGUAGAAUGGCUGAAACACCAGGAGAGGGAGAAGCAAAAACUUGAAGAUGAGAAAGAAAAGGAAAGAGUAGCAUUUGCCUCAGUUGAUUGGCAUGACUUUGUGGUUGUGGAAACGGUUGAGUUCAAGGAAAAUGAAGCAGGAAAUCUUCCUCCACCUGUUACCCAAGAACAACUUGGUGCAAGAAUAUUGGCACAAGAAAGAUAUGAAAAAAUGAAGGAUCAUAAUGUUAAUGAAGAAGCAGAUAUGAAUAUGGAUGUUGAAAUGGAAGUUGACGAACCUUCUGAAGGACCUGGUCAUCUGAGACAACAGCAGAUUGAUAUGGAUGUAGAAAGUAAUGAACCUCCUCAACCUCCUCGCUCAGAAACAGUCAUUAAACCUCCACCCCUCCCUCCCUCCAUUUCUGGAUCAUCAGCACAGAUUCGGCGAGGCUAUGAUCCUAAGGCACCUAAACCAGCACCGCCACCCAUGGUACCAGAGGAGUUUUUGAUCUCCCCUAUUACUGGGGAGCGUGUCCCUGCAUCAGCCAUGGCUGAGCACAUGAAGAUCAACCUUCUUGAUCCUAGAUGGAAGGAGCAAAGAGACAGAGCAAUGAGUGAAAAGAAAACUCAGGAGGAAGUGUAUGCAGAAGGUUUUGCUAUUGGAAGCAGCCUGAAACAACUUGCUGAGAGACGUACAGAUAUCUUUGGUGCUGGUGAUGAGGAAACAGGUAUUGGAAGAAAGAUUGGGGAAGAAGAAGAAAAGAAACCAGAAAAGGUGACCUGGGAUGGCCAUACUGCAUCAAUGGCUGCCACAUCACGAAGGGCGCAGGCAGGAAUCUCUGUAGAACAACAAAUUGAAGCUAUACACAAGUCAAAGGGAUUGAUUCCAUCUGAAGAGUCUGAAAGAAUUGGUCCCAAGGCACCAGAACAUCCAACAAUUGCAGAAAUCUUAAGAAACAAAUCCAAUCUACAACAUUCUGAAGCUGCUCAUCCACCACCACCACCACCACCACCUUCAAUUAUAUCUCCAUUAUCCAUACCUCCCCCUCCCCCUGGAGUAACAACAAUGAUGAAUGCACCCCCACCCCCUCCUCCCUCAAUGCCACCAGCAGCAGCACCACCAAAGUUUAUAGGUCUACCUCCACCACCACCUGGUGGUCACCCAGUGCAUCCACCUCAGUUCAUGAACAUGCCCCCUGCUCCGCCAAUGCAUGCCCCUCCCCCACCACCACAAACAAACAAGCGAGAGCACGAGGACGAAGAAUCAUUAGCUAAGAAGAGCAGAGUAGAAGGACCAGAAGCAAAUCUCAUACCAGAAAACGAGUUCAUCAAGACCAAUCCAAAUCCUGUCACCUUCAAAGUGCAAAUACCCAACCUGCCAGAAAAGAGUGAAUGGAAACUCGAUGGCAACCCGAUAACACUCACACUGCCACCUACAGACCAGAUUUCUGUCAUCAAGGCCAAGAUACACGACGUUACAGGCAUGCCAGCGGGAAAGCAGAAGCUCCAGCUUGGGGGAAUCUUUAUCAAAGACUCCAACUCAUUGGCUUACUAUAAUGUMUCGCCUACAAGCAUGGUGCAGCUUCAACUUAAAGAACGUGGUGGAAGAAAGAAGUGAAAGAAAUGCUAUUCGAAUGUUGUGUUAUUAAAAAGGAUUUAUUAUGCUGAAAAAUUUCGUGUGUAAUAUUUAUGCUGUAGCAAAGUAUGUUGUAUUGAUGUGUUAGAGUGAUCAUGGGCAAAUUAAAGUUUCGUGUGAUGUAGGGCACCCUGCGGCGGCGUGACAUCCAUGACUUGUUGCAUGAACGAAACACUGUGAAAGUGCAAACCCAUUUAUUUCUUUCAUUGCUGCUGUUUUGUACUAUAUAAAUCGUGUUACUACCGUGACUUACGUCAUGUUAACGGCCUUGAUUUGAUUAUAAGUUGUGUAGUGUGACAGUCGUGACUUUCACCAUGAAUAUUUGAAAUAAAGUUCUGAAUAAUAAUAAUAAUAAA